AUGCCUGCAAGGAGCUCAACGAAGACAACCCUGCCUGUCAGGCAGCCGCAGGCGGACCCAAUCGAUUUCCCUGAUGAUAAUUUUGGCUACUUGACGAUAAAUUCGGAUAACGAGAUGGAUAUCGAUGAGUCUGCUGAGCCUGGAGAAAGGUACGAUCCCGAAAGCAAUAAACUAACCUCCAAGUAUUUUCCUAUUUGCCUGGGAAAUAUACUGGGCGGCCGAUACGUAAUCGAGCAUAAGAUCGAGUUUGGUGGCUUCUCCACAGUAUGGCUCGCCGUCAAUAUGGAACAGAAACAAGUGGCACUAAAGGCCACUGCUGCUGCUCCUAUAGGCUCGAAUAAUACCGAGAUCGCGAUUCAGAAUCUUGUGAAGAGCACAGUGCAGGAUACCUCUUAUCUUAUGACUCUCCUCGAAUCUUUUCCUCUCACUCCAGAUGGGAGACACUAG